ACUCAAAAGGUACUUUUUAGGUCCAAUUCACCAUUCGUGCUCUGUCUCAGUUCAAUCUCCGGCGGUAUUUUCUCUGCAGUGUCAACGGCGGUUCAUAUAUUUGUUAUUUUAUUCAUUUGUUGAUAACUUUCUUUUCUACCGAUUAACUGCGACUUGGACAUGGGCGUUGACGACACGGCGAAGAACGAUGUCUCCGCAGAGUCCCCGACUUCGGUCCUCGAAGAUGAGGAAGAAAUCCUUCUGGAUGCCAAAAUUGGAGAUUCUUCACUUAUAUCAGAAGCCAUGGCCGAAGAGGAGGAAAAGCUUCUCAAAGUUCGGGAGGAAGAAGAAAAGGUAGAUGAAGAGAAGAAACCGGAGGAGGUUCCUCACUUGGACGACAUCCAAUACACCAGAUUGGAUGAGCUGUUAACACAGACGCAGAUGUAUUCUGAAUUUUUGCUGGAAAAAAUGGAGGACAUCACAAUUAACGGAGUUGAGCAAAAUAACCAAACUGUGGAGACAAAGAGAGGCCGUGGCCGGGGAUCAAAAAGAAAAGCAACUGUCACAUACAAUAAUAGGAAGGCCAGGAGGGCAGUUGAAGCAAUGAUUACAAGAUCCAAGGAAGGUGAAAAAACUGAUGAUGUGAGCCUGACAGAGGAAGAAAAAAUUGAGAAGGAGCAGAUGGAACUUGUGCCCCUGUUGACUGGAGGAAAGUUGAAGUCUUAUCAACUCAAAGGCGUGAAGUGGUUAAUAUCAUUAUGGCAAAAUGGUCUUAACGGAAUCCUAGCAGACCAAAUGGGUCUUGGAAAGACAAUUCAAACAAUUGGCUUCCUUGCACAUUUAAAAGGGAAUGGGAUGGAUGGUCCUUAUCUAGUUAUUGCUCCUCUGUCUACACUCUCAAAUUGGGUAAACGAGAUUUCAAGGUUUGUUCCCUCUAUGAAUGCUAUUAUCUAUCAUGGAAACAAGAAAGAGAGGGAUGAGAUAAGAAGGAAGCAUAUGCCCAAAACCAUUGGUCCCAAGUUCCCCAUAAUUAUUACUUCUUACGAGGUUGCCAUGAAUGAUGCCAGAAAAUUUUUGCAGCAUUACACCUGGAAAUAUGUUGUGGUUGACGAGGGUCACAGGUUGAAGAACUCCAAAUGCAAACUGCUGAGAGAACUAAAAUAUCUACGUAUGGAAAACAAGCUUUUAUUGACAGGGACACCUUUGCAAAACAAUCUGGCAGAGCUUUGGUCAUUGUUGAAUUUUCUGUUGCCUGAUAUUUUUGCAUCUCAUGAAGAAUUUGAAUCAUGGUUUGACCUGUCUGGAAAAUAUGCUAAUGAAGCAAUAAAGGAAGAAAUGGAAGAAAAGAGAAGGGCUCAAGUGGUAGCUAAACUUCAUGCUAUAUUGCGUCCAUUUCUCCUACGAAGAUUGAAGACAGAUGUUGAGCAGAUGCUACCUGGAAAAAAGGAGAUUAUCUUAUAUGCUACUUUGACCGAUCAUCAGAAAAACUUCCAGGAUCAUUUAGUCAAUAAGACAUUGGAAAAGUAUUUGGUAGAGAAUGUUUCAGUAGGAUAUUGUAUGAAAGGAACACUUAACAACCUAAUGAUACAACUUAGGAAGAAUUGCAACCAUCCGGAUCUUUUGGAGUCAGCUUUUGACAGCUCAACAUUCUAUCCACCAGUUGAGCAAAUAGUUGAACAGUGUGGUAAAUUUCGCUUGCUUGACAGACUGCUGAUUAAGUUGUUUGAGCGCAAGCACAAAGUUCUGAUUUUUUCCCAAUGGACCAAGGUGUUGGAUAUAAUGGAUUACUAUUUUAGUGAAAAGGGAUUUGAAGUUUGCAGAAUUGAUGGUGGGGUAAAAUUAGAUGAAAGGAAAAGACAGAUCCAAGAAUUUAACAAUGAGAACAGUAACUACAGGAUAUUUCUUCUUAGCACUAGGGCUGGGGGGUUGGGUAUUAACCUCACUGCUGCUGAUACAUGUAUACUUUAUGACAGCGACUGGAAUCCUCAAAUGGAUUUGCAGGCCAUGGAUAGAUGCCAUAGGAUUGGCCAAACAAAGCCUGUCCAUGUCUACAGGCUUGCAACAGCUCAGUCAGUUGAGGGACGCAUUUUGAAGAGGGCAUUUAGUAAGUUGAAGCUUGAACAUGUCGUGAUUGGUAAGGGACAGUUUCACCAAGAACGGACCAAGUCUACAAUGAAUCCCAUUGUGGAGGAAGAGGAUUUACUGGCAUUGCUCCGAGAUGUAGAAACCGAAGAGGACAAACUGAUACAGACGGAUAUUAGUGACGAAGAUUUGGAUAGGAUUCUUGAUCGUAGUGACUUGAUUACUGACAAAGAGAAAUCCGAAACUACUGGCCAUUCGGUUCCCCUCAAAGGACCUGGUUGGGAGGUGGUGAUACCAACAGCAAGCGGAGGCAUGCUUUCAACCCUCAAUAGCUAGUUGGUUCAGUUGGUCGGUAAUCUUUAUAAACCCUUCAGAUGUUAAUUUUUCUCAUCAAGGCUGUUUUAGGUGGUGAUACCAAUUGCAAGUCGCGGCCAUAUUUUCCAUAGAAAGAACCCUAGUAGUCGGUUAGUACUUCAGUAGGAUGGAAUGGAUUUGGUGGGGUUGCGGACAAUGGUCUUGCUUUUGGGAUUUUGUGGUAAAUUUGGUUUUGUUUAGUUGGUCUUGAUGGGAUACAGCUUAUUCUUGGGGAAACAAGGUUAAUUUUUGUAAAUUUUCGUUUUACGGGUUAAAUUCAAAUGAUCUACCUUCUUGAGAUGAAUGGAAUUGUAAUGAGUUUUUUUUA